GUAGAACACAUGAAAUCUAUAAACUAGUAAUCCAAACGCGGCAUAUGAUCCCUUGUUCAUUAAGGUUUCCUAUUUCUUCCCAACGAAGAAAUAAUUAAAAAAUAUAUAAAAAUUACACUACAAACAACAAAUAGAGGAGAGAGAAAAUUCGCAAAAGAUCAAAUCAAAGAUAAUAACAGAAAAUAAAUUCGCAACAACAAAAAAAAAAAAAAAAAAAAAUCUCUUUUUCUCUUUCGAUUUUUUCAGAAAUCUGUCGACAAUGAUUGAAACCGAUUUGCAUGAUUUAUCCGAUGAUGCUGAUUACGCCGCAUCUCAGCAACAAGGUUCGCAAAGCAUAAUGAGGAGUGAUAGUGGAAGGAGAAGCGAACCGGAAGGUGCCGAAAUUGUUUAUAUGAAGGAUAAUGUUUCGAUUCAUCCUACUCAGUAUAUGUCUGAGAGAAUUAGUGGUAGAUUGAAGCUGGUUAAACAAGGAGAUUCAUUGUUUAUGACCUGGAUUCCGUACAAAGGACAAAACACUAAUGCAAGGCUAUCCGAGAGAGAUAGGAAUCUCUAUACAAUAAGGCCACUUCCGUUUACUGAUGUGAGGUCCAUCAGGAGGCACACCCCACCACUUGGCUGGCAAUACAUUAUCGUUGUGCUGUCUUCUGGACUAGCUUUCCCUCCUCUUUAUUUCUAUAACGGAGGAGUUAAGGAGUUUUUGACCACCAUCAAGCAACACGUUUCUCUUGUAAGAUCAGCUGAUGAUGCAAAUGUGUUCAUUGUGAAUGAUUUUCAAGAUCCCCUACAGAAAACUCUAUCUUCAUUGGAGCUUCCAGGAGUUGUUUCAGUUGCUGCACCAUCUACAAAUGCUUCUGCUGCUGUAGCCCCAACUCAGGGAAACCAAGGAAGGACUGAUGUGAGUGCCUUUGAUAGCAAUAGUAGUUUGCAAUCGCUUAGAAGGCAAAGGAAUAAGUCCAAUGAUCCCACUAAGGAUCUCUCAAUUCAGGUCUUGGAAAAAUUCUCUCUGGUCACCAAAUUUGCUCGGGAAACAACCUCACAGCUGUUCGGUGAAAGUAGCGGUGAUCAGCUCUUUUCCAACGAUUUGAAAAAGCAUAGCCAUAGCCAGUCCCUACCUGAUCUUCAUUCCCAAUCAUCAAAUGAUCUGGAAGAAGUUCCCUGUGAAGCUCCUGUACCCGCAGAUCCUAUGGAGCUUGAAAAAACAGCUCUUGUCUGGGGAAAACCACGACAGCCCCCCAUGACAAAGGAAGAGUGGAUAACUUUCUUGGAUUCUGAGGGAAGAGUUGUUGAUUCAAUAGAAUUGAGGAAGAGAAUUUUUUAUGGCGGUGUUGUCCAUGAACUGCGAAAAGAGGUGUGGCCAUUUUUAUUGGGAUGCUAUGAUUAUAAUUCAACAUAUGCUGAACGUGAAUAUCUUCGAUCCGUGAGAAAACAAGACUACGAAAUUAUAAAGCUCCAAUGGCAGAGCAUAUCUCCAGAACAGGCAAAAAGGUUUACAAAAUUUAGGGAGAGAAAGGGCCUGAUUGAGAAAGACGUGGUGCGGACAGACAGAUCAUUCUCUUUCUAUGAUGGAGAUGAUAAUCCAAAUGUGAAUCUUCUACAUGAUAUACUGCUAACAUUUUCGUUCUACAAUUUUGACCUUGGUUAUUGUCAGGGUAUGAGUGAUUAUCUUUCCCCUUUAUUGUUCGUCAUGGAGGAUGAGUUUGAAGUAUUUUGGUGUUUCGCUGCACUAAUGGAACGCGUGGGACCAAAUUUCAAUCGUGAUCAAAGUGGCAUGCAUGCACAACUUUUUGCAUUGUCUAAGCUGGUGGAACUAUCUGACAGUCCGCUGCACAACUACUUUAAGCAGCAGGACUGCUUAAAUUAUUUCUUUUGUUUCCGCUGGAUUCUUAUACAAUUCAAAAGGGAAAUGUGUUAUGAGGAAACAAUGCGAUUGUGGGAGGUCUUGUGGACACAUUAUCCAUCUGAGCACCUACACCUGUAUAUUUGCGUUGCAAUCCUCAAGAGGUAUAGGAACAAGAUAAUUGGGGAGCAAAUGGAUUUCGACACACUAUUGAAGUUCAUAAACGGGCUAAGUGGCCAAAUUGACCUUGAUUCCAUUGUAAGAGAUGCCGAGGCGCUGUGCAUCUGUGCAGGAGAAACCGGAGAAGCAUGCAUUCCUCCAGGAACUCCCCCUUCUUUGCCAGUUGAAAAUGGUCUUGUGUCCUCUCAGCUUGAGGACGAGGUUUUGUAGUUCUCUCUCUUUUUCUUGUACAUAGCUAUGUGCUACACGAGACAAAAUUUUAUACUCAUGAAACUCUUGAUGAAUUUGGACCUCUAACUAGGGAAUAAAAAUCCUCGUUUAUUGUAAAGAAACUAAUUCUCUUAUAUCAGAUCUUGCUUGUAUAGGUUUUUUUUUUUUACCUAAGUUGAAAGGGAAGGAAUUUUAAAUUAUACUUA